CAAUAUCUAAACGGAAAACCCAACUCUUAUCUUCUCUCCUUGUUGCCCUCUUCUUCUUCUUCCCUAUCAACAUCUAAACAGAAAAACCAAACUCUCACCUUAUCUCCUUAUUAUUAUGCUCUCUCUGCCUGUCAUGGAAAAUUACCCAGUCUUCUUCCCUUAUUCUUCGUCAUCAUUAUCAUCAUCAGGAACAGCAGCAACAGCUUCUCCUUUCUCUUCAAAUAUGGUAAAAUCUCAUGCUUUUGUAGACAACCCAACUGGGUUUCAAGGAUGGAAGACAGAUGAUCAGACAGAUGUCUUACGUUCAUCACAACCAUCGAUUAGAAACGCUUCUUCCAACGGGGGGACCGGCUCUAAUGUGUCUGAGAGUGAGAUGAAAGCAGGUAAAAAGAAAGGUGAGAAGAAGGUUAGAAAGCCCAGAUAUGCGUUCCAAACAAGGAGCCAUGUUGAUAUACUUGACGAUGGAUAUAGAUGGAGGAAAUAUGGACAGAAGGCCGUCAAGAACAACAAAUUUCCCAG